CCCAGCCUCGUCGGAUCUCAAUUAAUCAAUUCCUUGUGGCUUGAUCUGUUGAGAUCUUCAGCGCGUCAUUGACUCUGGGAAGCAUCGGAUAAUUCCUUACCUACACUCAACCAUCCUUUCUUUCCAUGGCAUAUUUUCCCUGCAAGCACUUUUCCCUGCAAGCACACGGCAACGUUCUUUUGCGUCUUCGCGGUCUCGUAGCUCUUGGAUCGUUCGUUUCACAUUACUAUGGCCCCUAGCACAUGCAUUUGUUGAUUCGUCUGUCUGUGAAUGCAACGGGAUAUCUUGACGGAAAAAGAUUCCCAACCUUGUUGACCUGAUGUACGACUAUGCGCUUGUCCAUGUCGUCUUCACCAUCCCUUGGGCAAUAGCCUUAUCUAUAAUAUUGGGUCCUUUGUUGACUCGACGGGAUGUAUACAAGAUCUGCUUCUUGCAGUUGAUUGCCGUCUCAUACACUAUCCCAUGGGACUCCUACCUAAUCAGGACCAAAGUUUGGUCAUACCCGCCAGAUGUCAUUAUAGGGCCGACUCUUCUCGACAUCCCUGCAGAAGAAGUUUUCUUCUUCGUGAUUCAGACAUACAUUACCACUUGUUUGCAAAUCCUGCUUAGUAAAUCAGUGGUCACGGCAACAUACCUACAUAAUGAGGCCGACCCUCAAGAUGCGGUUGGCAGAUCGCUUCGACCUUGGAAGUAUGCGGGCCAAGUCAUUUUCACCUUAUGUUCUGUGGUGCCGCUAUUCUUUGGAGGUGGCCAUGCUCAAGGAACAUAUAUGAGGCUUAUCAUUGCCUGGGCUUCGCCUGUGCUGCUGAUGCUGUGGAUAUUCGCAUACCAGCUGCUUCUUACGUUACCGUGGACCACAACACUGUUACCAAUUGCUGCGCCAACACUCUAUCUCUGGAUUGUCGACACGAUCGCUCUACAUCGGGGUACAUGGAGCAUCGAGUUGGGAACCAAACUCGGAAUCCAUGUAUGGCCGCAUCUUGAGAUUGAAGAGGCCGUGUUCUUUCUCAUUACCAACAUGCUGAUUGUGUGGGGAUCAACGGCCUUCGACAACGCCAUGGCAAUUCUCGACGCCUUCCCAGCACACUUUCCCGUUGUCCCAGGGAUGCCUUCGCCAAUACUGCUUCUUAAAGGUUUGUUCAUGUCGACUGCCAAGUAUGACAGUGCGCGCUUAGCCGGCCUAAACACUGCAUUAACAGUACUUGCAAAGAAGAGUCGGUCAUUCUAUCUCGCAUCUGGUGUCUUUUCAGGCCGCUUGAGGAUCGAUCUCAUUCUGCUCUACGCUUUCUGCAGAGUGGCAGAUGAUCUUAUCGACGAUGCGCCAUCCGCGAAAGAAGCUGAUAUGUGGGUGAAGCACUUUUCCCAUUUUCUAGACACGGUCUUCUCUUCCAAGUGCGAUCGAGAAAACGUCGACCAGGCUCUAGCCCCAUUUCCGGCAGAAGCACGUUCGAUCCUCGUGCUGCUACCAUCAGAUAAACUGAAGUCAGCGCCUCUUUACUCGCUCUUGGACGGCUUCCGGAUAGAUCAACGAUUCUUCAGCGAAGGUUCGAACGAAAAUCCACCUAUCAAGACGUUUGCCGAUCUCGAGCGAUAUGCAUCGUGCGUAGCGGCCACGAUUGGAGAGUUGUGCCUUUGUCUUAUCUAUCAACACGAUCCCGACCAGGCUGCGAGCGCAGACACAAAACGAAAAUGUCUCACGGCUGGCGCAGAAAUGGGACGAGCAUUACAGUACAUCAACAUCGUGCGCGAUGUCAACACAGACGCAAGAGUCGGAAGAUGCUACAUCCCGAAAGAAUGGUUUCACCAGUCGGCCCUCUCUUCACCAGAGGCCGAGGAGAAGGAGAUCCUGCGCCAUCGCAAAAGAAUACUCGAGAUCUCAUUCAAGAUGUAUGCCGAAAAUAGGGAUGCUAUCGAGGAUCUUCCCCUGUACGCCCGCAGCGGCAUUCGUGUCGCAGUGGAAAGCUACAUGGAGAUAGGGAGAGUCAUGCGGGAGCGCAUGCAACAAGGCAAAGCUCUGGACUUUGUUGGUGGUGGUAAGAGUGGCCGGGCAAGCGUGCCCAAGAGCAGGAGAAUCUGGGUAGGAUGGAAGACGAUGGCGGGAUGGAGAGGAUCAGCCUGAUGCACUUAUUGAUAGAUAGACUACCCUUAUUGGUGUUCCUGAAGUAUUGUCGGCAGGGAACGGCAGGGCACCCCUUUUAGCCGAUCGAUCCCCUCACAGCCUGCCGUCGUCAUGCGGGGGAGGUUGAUCACUUGUGAUCUCAAAAGCCGGCGAGAAAGGAUUUCUUGCUCACAAAAAGUGA